AUGUCUUCAGAGCCGUUGGACGAAAUCCAAUGGAAAUCACCCGAAUGGAUCCAGCAGUUCGGGCUCCAUACUGGCAAUGUCCUCGACUACUUUGCAGAAUCACCAUUCUACGAUAGAACUUCCAACAACCAGGUUCUACGCAUGCAGUUCCAGUUUCAGCAGAUUCCUCCCAAUAUCCACCCACAACGCUAUCUCCAGAGCAAACUCACGGAGAUGGUAGGUAUUGAGUUCGUGUUAGCCCAUGUUCGUGAGCCUGACUUCUGGAUUAUCCGGAAACAACGUCGCUUAGACCCAAAUUCCACAUUAACUGAACAGGAUUACUACAUCAUCGGAGCCAACGUGUACCAGAGCCCGAAGAUCUACGACAUUUUGUCGGCACGCAUGCUUUCCAUUACACUUCUGAUGAAGAAGUCUAUAGACUUGAUGAACAAAAUGAGUACGUUUUCCAUCAGCGAGGGAGGCCACACUUAUCCCAGUGCAGAUGAGCCAUCUGCUACCAGUGGAGCUACUCAGGCCAGUUCUAGACCACUUCACAACAACGUCACCACUGCAGGUUAUGUCAACACGCCAAUGUCUAAUCCGGGCACUGUGGCGCAGACCGUGGAUAAUGGUGACUCCAAUCUGACUAUCAUGAGCAAUGUGUCUAAUGUGAAUAGUGAGAUUCUGGCAUCAGCAUUCGACAAUGUACUAUCGUCGGUGAUAGUCUCGAGCACUAACGACAAGAGUAUAUAUCUUGACGAUAUUCCGCUCUAUGGAAAGGGCAGUACCGUGGAGCAGUUGGGACUUAAGUUGAACCUAGAUACAGACGACAAUUAG